AUGAGGAGGCAGCCUCCUGACAGUCAAUCCCAGGCCGCUGCAACAGAAGGGAGAAUGAAGACUCAGGCACUGUGGCAGUGUCCAAGAGCAUUUCAAAAGGGAAGAAAGAGCUGCCAGGAACAGGCUGGAGUCGGUCCUCUCUUGGUCAAACUACAGCUCCAAGCAGAAGAGAGAGGGGUUGUGUCGAUCAAGGGAGUGUGUGCAAACCGGUACCUUGCUAUGAAGGAAGAUGGACGGCUGCUGGCUUCUAAGUGCGUUACAGAAGAGUGUUUCUUUUUUGAACGACUGGAAUCUAAUAACUACAAUACUUACCGGUCAAGGAAAUACUCCGGUUGGUAUGUGGCACUGAAACGAACUGGGCAGUAUAAACUCGGAUCCAAAACGGGACCUGGGCAGAAGGCCAUACUGUUUCUCCCGAUGUCUGCUAAAAGCUGAUUCACUUUAGAAACUGUUAACGAGAGACACGAAU